CCCCGCCCCCUGCGUCGGCGUCUUCCUUUCCCUCCCUGACGCCGCUGAGGUCGCACGCGUGAGGCUUGUCCGCCGCCGAGAUGCGCUACGUCGCUUCCUACCUGCUGGCUGCCCUCGGGGGCAACCCCUCCCCCGGCGCCAAGGACAUCAAGAAAAUCCUGGACAGCGUCGGCAUCGAGGCGGACGACGACCGGCUCAACAAGGUCAUCAGUGAGCUGAAUGGAAAAAACAUCGAAGAUGUCAUUGCCCAGGGCAUUGGCAAGCUUGCCAGCGUGCCUGCCGGUGGGGCUGUGGCCGUCUCUGCCGCCCCAGGUGCUGCAGCUCCUGCUGCUGGUUCUGCCCCCGCUGCAGCAGAGGAAAAGAAAGACGAGAAGAAGGAGGAGUCUGAAGAAUCAGAUGAUGACAUGGGAUUUGGCCUAUUUGAUUAAAUUCCUGCUCCCCUGCAAAUAAAGCCUUUUUGUGUAUCC